CAUGCCAUGUAGUUUUGAAAGAUAUGCAAACUAAGAUCCAAUGGCUCAGAUCGCGAAAGAACGCCAAAUCAUAGCGAAAGAUACAGCCCGAUCCCAUUUUUCUUAUGUAAUACAUCCAUCCAUCAUUUCUAUCACUUCUCUUAUACCAUCGCUCACCAUUUUCCUACAAAAUCCGAGCCCGAGCAGAGCCCCAAAGAAACGCAGGACGCUUUAGUAGCGGAAAAUCAAUAAAAGGCGAGCCACUUCUCCCCUUCCACACGCUCUCCUUGCCCUCCUCCUCUCGAUCGCCAAUUCCCCUCUCUGUUUCCCAAACCCUAGAUCUGAGGCGAGCUAGGGUUUUGCGGGCGAGAUCUCCGGCCCUCCCAUGGCCUGCAUCAAGAGCGCGCCGCGAUCGGCCCUCGCGGCCUUCGCCCCCGAUGCGCCGUACCUGGCGGCGGGGACCAUGGCCGGCGCCGUCGAUCUGUCCUUCAGCUCCUCCGCCAACCUCGAGAUCUUCAAGCUGGACUUCCAAUCCGACGUCCACGAGCUCCCCGUCGUCGGCACCUGCCCCAGCGCCGAUCGCUUCAACCGCCUCUCCUGGGGGCGGCCGGGAUCGGUGUCCGAGGACUACUCCCUGGGCCUCGUCGCCGGCGGCCUCGGCGACGGCAGCAUCAGCGUCUGGAAUCCCCUGAAGCUGAUCGGUUCGGAGGAUCCAAAUGGUGCUUUUGUUGCACGGCUUGAGAAGCACACCGGGCCGGUUCGUGGUUUGGAGUUCAAUACGCAUUCACCAAACCUGCUUGCUUCUGGUGCCGAUGAAGGGGAGCUCUGCAUCUGGGAUCUGGCAAACCCACCUGAACCUAAUCUCUUCCCACCUCUCAAGAGUGUUGGUUCUGGUUCUCAAACUGAAGUUUCUUUUGUGUCUUGGAAUCCCAAAUUUCAACAUAUAUUGGCAUCCACUUCAUACAAUGGGAUGACAGUUGUUUGGGAUUUAAGACAGCAGAAACCCGUCACAAGCUUUUCAGAUUCGAAUAGAAGGAGGUGCUCUGUUUUGCAGUGGAAUCCUGAUAUUUCUACCCAACUAAUUAUUGCCUCCGAUGAUGACAGUUCACCUUCUCUUAGAGUUUGGGAUGUAAGGAAAACAAUAUCUCCAUUAAGAGAGUUUAUAGGGCAUACCAAAGGUGUGAUCGCCAUGUCAUGGUGUCCAUAUGACAGCUCAUUUUUGCUUACUUGUGCCAAAGAUAAUAGAACUAUUUGCUGGGAUACGGUUACUGGGGAGAUAGUAUGUGAAUUACCAGCUAGCACGAAUUGGAAUUUUGAUAUUCACUGGUACCCAAAAAUUCCAGGGGUCAUAUCAGCAUCUUCAUUUGAUGUAAAAAUUGGAAUAUAUAAUAUUGAGGCUUGUGGUAGGUAUGGUGCCGGUGAGGGUGAAUUUGGUGCUCCAGUACGCUUGAGAGCUCCAAAGUGGUUGAAACGUCCAACAGGUGUAUCUUUUGGUUUUGGAGGCAAACUUGUUUCAUUUCAACCAAGUGCUUCAGCACCAGGAACUCCAUGUAGUGGUUCUGAGGUUUACGUGCAUAAUUUGGUUACUGAGCAUAGUUUGGUGAGCCGCUCAACUGAAUUCGAAGCUGCAAUUCAAAAUGGGGAAAAAACUUCACUGCGAGCUUUAUGCGAUAAGAAAUCAGAGGAUUCUGUAUCUGAAGAUGACAAGGAAACUUGGGGCUUCUUGAAAGUUAUGUUUGAGGAAGAGGGAACAGCUAGGACAAAGUUACUUGCUCAUCUUGGUUUCAAUGUACCAGAUGAUAGAAGCGAAAAUGCACCUGAUGAUCUUGGAAAAAUAUUAACAAAUGCACUUGGUUUUGAUAAGGGUGCAUUGGAUGAAGGUGGAGAAGGCAGUGUAUUCCCUACCGAUGAUGGAGAAGACUUCUUUAAUAAUCUUCAACCUUCCAUUGAUAGCUCAAUCUCUGAAGACAGCAAUUUGCCUAAUGGAAAGCAAAUGCAGAAAGAACCGCAAGAACAUGUGGAGACUACUGAUCCAUCAACUGAUGAUAGUAUUCAACGUGCCUUGGUUGUUGGAGACUAUAAGGGAGCAGUUUUACAGUGCAUUGGAGCAAAUAGGAUGGCAGAUGCACUGGUUAUUGCACAUGUUGGGGGUCCGUCAUUGUGGGAAAGCACCCGUGAUCAGUAUCUUAAGAAUAGCCUCUCACCUUAUUUAAAGGUUGUCUUGGCAAUGGUGAGUAAUGAUCUCAUGGGCCUUGUUAAUACCAGACCACUUGAUUCAUGGAAGGAAACCCUUGCUCUUCUUUGCACAUUUGCACAGAAGGAGGAAUGGACUGUCCUGUGUGACACUCUUGCUUCAAGACUUAUGACUGUUGGCAAUACGCUUGCAGCAACCCUAUGUUACAUUUGUGCUGGAAAUAUUGACAAAACUGUGGAAAUUUGGUCACGCAGCCUCAAGUCUGAAUGUGAAGGGAGGGCUUAUGUUGACCUUCUUCAGGAUCUUAUGGAAAAGAUUAUAGUCCUUGCACUUGCAAGUGGGCAGAAGCGAUUCAGUGCAUCCUUGUCUAAGCUUGUGGAGAACUAUGCUGAAUUACUUGCCAGUCAAGGGCUUCUUACAACCGCAAUGGAGUAUCUGAAAUUGUUGGGAUCAGAGGAAUCUUCUCAUGAACUUGCUAUCUUGCGGGAUCGAAUUGCUCUUUCAGCUGAAGAGAGAGAAGCACCGAAAAGUUCACCUUAUGAAGCCAGUGUACCACAUGCUGGAUCUGUGUAUGGAGCAGAACAGUCUGGCUUUAAUGUUGCUGACUACUCUCAACAAUAUUAUCAGGAUAAAUCACAUUCUCAGCCGCCACAGAGAGUUCCUGCCAGUCCAUAUGGUGAAGGCUAUCAACCAUCACCUGGCUCUUAUGGAGGAUAUCAACCUGUGCAAUACAAAACAGAGUUCCAGGAGUCCAGCAAUCCUGUAUCAUUUCAGCCAGCGCAGCCAACCCAGAUGUUUAUUCCAUCGCAGACACCCCAGGUUCCACAGCCAAAUUUUGCCCCACCUCCCGCUGCAUCACAGCCUGCAGUGAGGUCCUUUGUUCCUGCAACCCCGCCCGCCCUUAGAAACGUGGAUCAAUACCAGCAGCCCAGCUUGGGUUCUCAGUUGUACCCGGGAGUUGCUAAUCCUCCAUAUCAAUAUGGAUCACCUUUACCCACUUCUCAUGGUGUUGAUGCAUCUCAACCUUUAUCUGUCACUGGUCACAAAUUUCCGGCAGCUGUGGCACCUACCCCUGCACCUAGGGGUUUUAUUCCAGUUACCAAUCCUAGUUUUGUUCGGAGUUCUAGUGUCAGCCCUGCACAACCUUCUAGUCCAGCCCACUCAUCACAAGUGCAGCCAAUUGCUGCCCCUCCAGCUCCUCCUCCUACAGUGCAAACAGUGGAUACUUCAAAUGUGCCUGCUGAGCUGAGGCCUGUUAUCACAACAUUGACCAAACUCUACCAUGAGACAUCAGAAGCUCUUGGAGGAUCUCGUGCAAAUCCAUCUAAAAAGCGAGAAAUUGAGGACAACUCGAGGAAAAUUGGAGCUUUGUUUUCCAAGCUUAAUAGUGGGGACAUAUCUCCAAAUGCUGCAUCUAAACUUGGUCAACUCUGCCAAGCUUUGGAUGGUGGGGACUAUGCUGGUGCAUUGCACAUCCAGGUUCUCCUAACAACAAGUGACUGGGAUGAGUGCAACUUCUGGCUUGCAGCACUGAAGCGAAUGAUAAAAACAAGGCAGACCGUGAGAGUGUAAGGUGUACCUUGGGGUGGCAUUCUUUGGCCCGAGCCAGUCCAUGAGCAUUGAAGGUCCCUUGCCAUAAAAGACUAGCAAUUUUCGGUGAAUCAACCUCUUGGGCUGCUGAGAUUGUUUGCAAUUUUUGUUGUAAGAUGAUAGUUUGUUCAUUUUGUUUCUGAUUUUGGUUUUUGCUUUGUGGUCCAAAGUAUUGACACCUAAGCUGCUGUUUUUUUAGCUGACAAAGACAAAAAAAAGAAGGGAAUUUUAGAUCUCAUCUAUUUUCUACCCCCAGAUAUAUGUAUAUUUAGAAAGAUAAUGCAGCAAGGUCAUUUAAACUUUGUCUUGGAAGUA